AUGGCAAACGACGGAGUGGCUACGAUGUUACGAGUGCAGCAGUAUGUCAACACCAUCGGGACCUCGGGAAAAUUCCCGGCUCAGUCAAACUGGUCUGUCGAUCCUGCAGUCAGUGAUACUGUUGCUGUUGACAUCGUGGAUCGAAAUUCCGAGCCCAAUUCUCACUCCAGUCCCAUUCACAAACCUGGGUUGAAUGGCUCAACCGAAAAUAAGGAUGCGGUGUUCGUCUCCCAAGGCAGCAUCGAAAAUGGCGCUGACGCGACAGGGCUCCCGCCGGAUGAGUGCUGGCUGUACAAAUGUCCUAAACGUUCUUCCACAUCUAACCAACCGCUCGAACCCAUCCAGCAUUGGUUGAGAGCUACAUUCGAUUCACCGGAUUCCAUAUUCUACUCAUCGCGUCGGAAUUUAUUGACUCGUUUGGAGAUUAUACUGGCAUCUGGUGGUCCGAUUGAUGCCUAUCGAUUUGGUGGCAGUGUGCCUUCUCUGAACCAAAUUCCACCCAGUAAACCGACUGAUUCGGUGCAAAGAGCCAGAAUGCCCCCGCCUUAUCCAAAUUUGAUUGAUCAGAGUCGUCGUAUUGCGUCGGCAGGUUCUUCGGAUAGUUUGUCCAUGACUAAUCAAAAUAAUAACGCUAACAAUUACGGAAAAUUGACAAAGCCCAAGUAUAGUCUGCCACCACAGUAUAGUAACAGCUGCGCGCACAGACCCGAUAGUAUGACUAACCUAUCCACGGGAACACAAAAUCUAUCACAGUCUCUUGGUGGACAGCUAAGUGGUCUGUUUUCUGGUUCUCCAGCUAAAACUGGCUCGUUGGAUGAACUGGAGCCAAACGCCAGUCGAACCAAUAUUCAAGAAAUUGCUCGAAUUCAAGAAGAUAAUCUUAAAGCAGACGUAGCUGCCAUGGCAGCAGCGGCUGCAGCAUCUGGUCGUCACGGAAGUCAUCAUUCAUUAGCCUCUCUGGGAAGACGCAGUCCAGAUGGAAGCUACUCUCGAGUCCCUAGUGCUCCAGAAAGUCCUCAUUCAAGUAACCCCCAACUUGCCGGCCCGAUAACUAAUCAACCAAUUGUUUCUCAUGUACAUCGACCCACAGUCGACCUGUCCUCAACUACGUUUGCAACUUAUAUGGUCCCCGAAGCAAUAAAAACUUCAACCGCAAAUGAGGGAUCUGCAGCUACUCACCCACCUCCGACACAUGUGCCUCGACUUCCACAGACUAAUAUUGGAGAAACCCGCCCUAUUCACACCGGUGUAGUGAACAAUAGCGGGCUCAACAUUCGACAUGCCUACUCGGCACUUCCUCAGAAACCAACAAUACCUACAACCUAUCAACAACUGUCUUCGGAUGUACAAAAUACAGGAAUGGGUACGGUUCAAAAUAUGUACGUACCACCUCCCACGGUGUCGUCGAGUGAACCGCGCAACCAGUUCGGUUUCCGCUCGAUGCGUCGCAUACCCGGGCCACAAUAUAGCCCAAGACCCCCAGCCUAUGUGCCUCCUUCUUUGCGUCCUAACCAUCAUAACGGCUCCUCCAUGGAAAAAUCCGGCUGA